AUGGCCCUCGAGAGGCUCGGGGAAGCCCUGCGCGGCACCCCGCCCCUGCAGAGCUCCCUGCUGCUCCUCCUGUGCCUGCUCGCCGCCGUGCACCUGGGCAAGCUCCUCCUGCAGCGGCGGCGUCGGCGGCGGCUGGGCGAGCGCCGGGCGCCGCCGGGCCCCUUCCCGUGGCCGCUGAUCGGGAACGCGGCGCAGCUGGGCAGCGCCCCGCACCUCUCCUUCGCGCGCCUGGCCAGCACGUACGGCGCCGUGUUCCAGCUGCGCCUGGGGCGCUGGCCCGUGGUGGUGCUGAACGGCGAGAGCGCCAUCCGCCAGGCGCUCGUCCGCCAGGGGGCCGCCUUCGCCGGCCGGCCGGCCUUCCCCUCGUUCCGCCUGGUGUCGGGCGGGCGCAGCCUGGCCUUCGGCGGCUACUCGGAGCUCUGGAAGCUGCACCGCCGCGCGGCGCACGCCACGGUGCGCGCCUUCUCCACCGGCAGCCCGGCCACGCGCCGCCUGCUGGAGCGGCACCUGCUGGGCGAGGCGCGGGCGCUGGUGGCGCUGCUGGUGCGGGGCAGCGCGGGCGGCGCCUUCCUCGACCCGUCGCGCGUGCUGGUGGUGGCGGUGGCCAACGUGAUGAGCGCGCUCUGCUUCGGCCGCCGCUACAGCCACGGCGACGGCGAGUUCCUGCGCCUGGUGGGCCGCAACGAGCAGUUCGGGCGCGCCGUGGGCGCCGGCAGCCUGGUGGACGCGCUGCCCUGGCUGCAGCGCUUCCCCAGCCCCGUGCGCGCCGCCUACCGCGCCUUCCGCGACCUCAACCGCGACUUCUACGGCUUCGUCCGCGGCAAGUUCCUGCAGCACCAGCGCAGCCUGCGCCCGGGGGCGGCCCCCCGCGACAUGAUGGACGCCUUCAUCCGCCUGCAGCGCGAGCAGCCGCGGCUGCAGCUCGAGCACGUGCCCGCCACCGUCACCGACAUCUUCGGCGCCAGCCAGGACACGCUCUCCACCGCGCUGCUCUGGCUCCUCAUCUUCCUUAUCAGGUAUCCAAAAGUGCAGGCUAAAAUGCAAGAAGAAGUGGACAGGAUUGUUGGGAGAGACCGCCUGCCCUGUGCUGAAGAUCAGCCUCACCUGCCCUACAUCAUGGCUUUCCUGUACGAAUCCAUGCGUUUCAGCAGCUUCGUGCCUGUUACCAUCCCUCACGCCACCACGACCAACACCUUCAUCAUGGGCUACCUCAUUCCCAAGGACACCGUGAUAUUUGUCAAUCAGUGGUCGGUGAAUCACGAUCCAGCUAAAUGGUCCAACCCAGAGGAUUUCGAUCCAACGAGAUUCCUGGAUGAGAAUGGCUUCAUCAAUAAAGAUCUCACCAGUAGUGUGAUGAUUUUCUCAAUGGGGAAACGGCGGUGUAUUGGAGAGGAAUUAUCCAAGGUGCAGCUGUUUCUCUUUACUUCCAUUCUCGUGCAUCAGUGCCAUUUCACUGCUAAUCCAAAUGAGGAUCCUAAAAUGGACUACACUUAUGGGUUGACCAUCAAACCCAAGCCAUUCACCUUGAAUGUCACACUUAGAGAUACUAUGGAUUUGCUUGAUAAGGCUGUCCAAAGACUGCAAGCAGAGAAAACAGCCAACGAAAAUCAGCCGUCGGCAACCACCUAAGCGCCGAGCCUCACCUUGAAAGAUGCUCCUCUCUUUUUAGAAUUACAUAAGUUAUAGUUUGCUUUGUUUUGCUGAUCUUUUUGGAAAACAGCCAACAUUGAAGGUACAAGAGCAGGAAGGAAAACUUCACAAGUCAUAAUUCAGUCCUCUUUAAUUCUAGAGGGAGAGCCAGGGGGAUGAUUUAAUGUACUAAAUGAUAAAACAUAUGCAGUUUGAAAGUAAGCCUUUCAUUUUCUUGCAUGUUCACAAAGUUGCCAUUGUAAAGCACACUUUCUACUGACUGAUUGGAGCAUCUCUGGAAACUCGUGCAAUCCUUGCCAUGUCUCCAUGCACUCUGCCUUAACUCUAAGUUUGCCUUCAGUAACUCCACAUCCCAAAGUAAAAUUCCUUAUAAAAACAAAACAAGGCAGAACACAAAAACAAGACAAUGCUUUGAACGCUGCAGCCUCUCUCUGAAUUCAUUCUACUGGAACCUGCCGUAAGCAUAUGGCAAGUCCCGUGUUGUGACUGCUAGGAUGUGUAUUAAUGCCUUGAUAAUAAAUGUUUAAAUGAUUUUUGGUAAAAUGCCAAUGUAAAAUCUUGCCUUUAGCUUUCCAAAGUGUUUACAUAAAUGGCUAAAAAAUUACUUGCUUAUGAGCACAUCAUUUUAAAAUACCGUUCGUAUUUUAUGUGAGAACGAACAGAAUGUCCUAAUACAGUAACUUGUCAUUGAAGCUUGAAAAGAAAGAUCAGAUUUGAUACAUCAUCAAGUGGUAAGCAUGAUAUAAUCCAUGUGCUAAUAUAUUCAUUAGUACGAAUAACAUAGAUAUUUGAAUUAGAAAGCUGUUGUAAAGGAAAAGUUGAACUUUGUGUCUUUCUAGAAAAGAGUAACCGACCUGUUCUUCAGCACGUGGGUAAGUCUGUUACAGAUUCACGUGUGCCAAGGUAUGUAGAAAUAAGAAUUUGAGGUUCUGUAUUGAAACCCUCAUAUCGCAAGCCUCAAGUAAUGCACACAGCACAUACAGCCUGGCCCACUGCUCAGUCUGUUAGCUCAAGUUUAAUGCUAUUAUCCUAAAUUAAUAGUAUACUUUUAGCAUGAUUUGCUUGAAACGAAGCCUCAGAAAGAAAGCUAACAUGUUGUGUCCCAAAUAACUGAGUAAACUAAAUUGAGCAAAAAAAACCAAAAAACAACACCUUCCAGCUUUUUCUUGAGGCAAAAGACAUCAAGUCAAAAAAAAAUCACUACUAUUUUGAAGUAAAACAUAAACUUGAUACUUUAGAGCCUUAAACUUCUGGCUAAUGUUUGUGCACACAAAGCAGCAUGUAUUUCUCUAAGGAACGAACUGUCACAUCUAAAUGCCUGAUUUUGAGAAGUGUUGGAUAUUUCCUAGGAGAUACAGAUGGCCUUCAGUUACAUACAAGAUCUAUCAGAAAUGAGAGCAUCUCAGAAGACUUACUGUGAUCAAGUCUAGGACAAAAGAAGGUUUUAGUAGACCUUCUAGAAAAAUAAGGGCUAAAAUAUAAAGUAGCUCUGCUGAGACCCUAGCAAGUACAGAUGUGCAUCUUGUAGAUGGCCAGUCUUCAUCCUGUUGGCAGCAGUGACAGUACUCAUGCUGACAGAGGUAAGAGCUCGCUUAGUGGCACCAUCCUGGCCUUCUCAAGUAGCAACUUCACUACUGAUUUUAAUAACCUGAACCAAAUCUAAAAGUACUGUUCCAUACCCCCAUGUAGUACUGUUACACCUGUUGAACAUCUCUGAUUUUAAAUGGCAUUGAUCCUCUUUUUUCAAAGCUAAAAAAAACCUCUUUUCCAUGCAAAAGGAGUAACCUCAGGUGUUUUUCUGAAUUACAAGUCUGUGAUAUCCCAGAACUUAGCCUAUACCUGUGAAAAGCUUUAUAUGAUAUUCAGCAUUUUCAUAUGGAGAUCUACAUUAGAUCAAUUUGUAGCAAGACAGUUUUCUUAGUACCUUUGUGAGUAUCAUUAUUAAAAAAAAUAUAGAGGAUAUAACCUACAACUGAAUAGUUAGUCUAACUCAAAGAUCACUGAUUAUUAUUUUAAUGAAAAAAAGCUUUUGCAGUUUUGUACUCUUCCAAAAGCUGUUAACUAUGCAUUGGCUACUAAUGCAGCUUCCACUCACACUGCUCACAUCUGUCAGGGUCACAAAUUAUAUAGCUGUUGGUCAAUUAGUGCCUCAUUUAUCCUCCAAAGUUACUCCAAUUUAGUAGCACCCAGUUAGUAGCACUGCAGUUUGUUCUGUGAGAUAACUUUUAUGGUCAUUCUGAGAUGAAUCAUUGUGUUACCAAAAUAUUAAAUAAAAUUAUUCUUGU